UCAUUCUUGUAUAUUAAAAAUGACACAUACUUUCAACAUAUUUCGUAAAAACAUUGUUGUCAUUCUUUUCUUAAUCGGGUUCGUGACGUUGUUACCUGUGAAAAACGCGAAACCGGCUACAUUCCUACAAGAUUUUCACAUAACAUGGUCUGAUUCUCAUAUUAAACAACUCGAUGGUGGGAAGGGGAUCCAGUUACUCCUAGACCAAAACUCUGGAUGUGGGUUCGCUUCAAAGAGCAAGUACUUGUUUGGACGUGUGAGCAUGAAGAUCAAGCUCAUUCCUGGCGACUCUGCUGGCACUGUCACCGCCUUUUACAUGAAUUCAGAUAACGGUAAUGUACGCGAUGAGCUUGAUUUCGAGUUCUUGGGGAACCGGACCGGACAACCGUAUUCUGUCCAAACCAAUGUGUAUGCCCAUGGAAAAGGUGAUAGAGAACAAAGGAUUAACCUUUGGUUCGACCCUGCUGCUGACUUCCAUGAUUACUCCAUCCUAUGGAACCACCACCACGUUGUGUUUUCGGUGGAUGAAGUACCUAUAAGAGUGUACAAAAACAAUGAAGCCAAAAGAAUUCCCUAUCCAAAAUCUCAACCAAUGGGAAUUUACUCUACACUAUGGGAAGCAGAUGAUUGGGCCACAAGGGGUGGGCUAGAAAAAAUUGACUGGAGCAAAGCACCCUUUUAUGCAUAUUAUAAGGACUUUGAUAUUGAGGGGUGUCCUGCACCAGGCCCAAGUGCUUGUGCAUCUAGCCAGGCUAAUUGGUGGGAGGGUUCUGGUUACCAACAACUUGAUUCGGUUGCAGCCCGUAGGUACAAAUGGGUCCGUUUGAACCAUAUGGUCUACGAUUACUGCACCGAUAAACAAAGGAACCCGAUUAAGCCACCAGAAUGUAUGGAUGGUAUCUAGAGGAAUUCCAUUUUUCACCAUACAUACUUGUCUGGGUUAUCAUUUAUAUUUAUGUGUCAAAGUGUCAAAUAUAUUUAUGUACGAAAGAAUUGGAGGCUUAGGGUGAGGGGUAGUGGGAGGGUGUUAGAAAGUGAAAUGUUAUUUUUUCCCUUUUUUUGAACGUUAUAUGUUCUCUUUUCUUUGAUUUUAUCACGUGUCUAAAUAUCGUUGUCAUAAAGAUAAUUAAGAAGAUUUCAUUGGAGGAUA